AUGGCCAACACCAAUGCUAAUUCGGUGGCGGGCAAGCUCAGCCUAAAGCUCCUCAUCGACACGGCUGCGCAAAAAGUCUUGUUUGCGGAAGCUGGCAAAGAGGUAGUGGACUUCCUAUUCAGCCUCCUCUCGUUCCCUCUUGGCUCCAUCGUGAAGCUCCUCUCCAAGGACCGCAUGGAAGGCUCCAUUGGCAAUCUGUACAAAAGCAUCCAGGAACUCGACGACUCAUACCUUCAAAACAGCAAAGGAAAAUCCAUCCUGCUCAAUCCAAUUCACUCCCCCUCUCCCUCCCUGCUCCUCCCGGGACCCUCCUCCUCCUCUAAGAAUGUUUACUUCCACUGCGGCAAUCGAAAUUACUCUGGCUGCUAUGAGUGCGUUUCCAAAGUGAAUGGAGCGCUCUGCCCCCACUGCAAGAAUAAGAUGAGUAAACAAAUGACAUACGUCGAAGGUGGUGAGAAGGAUGACAACGUGGAUCCAAAUGUAGGAUUUGUGAAGGGCGUUGUGACGUAUACUAUCAUGGACGAUCUGACGGUGACACCCAUGUCCAGCAUCUCUAGCAUUACCCUCCUAGGCACUGGAGGUGUUGGAGAUCUCCUUGCGGUCGACGAAGUGCCUCACCAGCGUGUUUCUUGGCAAGAAACAGAUAUGGCAUCUGCAUUUUGGGGGCUUAUUUUGGCAGCACACGACACUGUGAAGUAUUAUGAAUUGAUACUUGUUGGAAUUGGGUAA